CCACUGACCAUGACAACCAUUGAUAUUGCAAUGAUGUCGGACUCUGACGACAGCCAACAUGUGUACAUGUACAAAAAUGUCACCUUUGAUCCGCACAUUGUGCCCAGAGGAAACCUGACUGAGGUAGAACGGUUCAAUGUCAGGCAGGAUGACAUUUUCAUUGCCUCGUAUCCACGAAGUGGUACCCACUGGCUAACAGAGAUGGUGCUACUCAUCAUGGCUGACGGUGACGUCAGCAAGGUCAAUCGGAGGACCAUGGACCAGGUGUUUGAGAUGACCUUACCCAUUGACCCAUCUCGGCCACUGAGGGCGGGCUAUAAGGCGGUUGAGGAGUGGCCAGUUGGGGAACCGAGGGUCGUGCUGACACACUUGCCUGCCGAGCUUCUACCUCUGCAGCUUUGGCAGCAGAAGGGGGCAAAGGUGGUGUAUAUAGCAAGGAAUGUUUUGGAUGUUCUGGCCUCUCAGUAUCAACAUUUAUCGGCAAUCAACCUGCUUCCGCCGGCAACUAAGGACUGGCCCAAAUUCAUUCAGUUCAAAUUGUCAGAUAAAGACACUUAUAGUGGAAGAAAUUGGUUCAGUCACGUGACCAGCUACUGGAGAAGGCGAAGCAGUAACGAAAAGUUACUGUUCUUGAAAUAUGAAGAUAUAAAAACGGAUCAUCGGAAAGCAGUUCGAGAUAUCGCGGAGUUUCUGCAGCGCCCCCUCGCGGCAGAACAGAUCGACCGGGUGGUUGAGUUGACGACGUUUGACGGAAUGAUGAAGACUUAUCAACAGAUCGAGGCUGAAGACCCUUCUAAGAUAUUCCGAACGAGGGCGUUAAGUGUGGAACCGUUUCUGAAAAAAGGAAUCGUGGGAAAUUGGAAAGGCAAAUACAGCGAUGAACAGCUAGCGACAAUCAAGAAAAAAGUGGUGGAACACUGUGGUAGCUUGGGGCUUCAUUUCGAAUUUGAAACGAAACUGUGACUACUUCAUAGUCACGGUUACCAUGUCAGAGCCAAUUAUAAAACAUGAGUUAGUCUUUAAAUCUCACUUUUAUUUUUGUAAUCUUGCUUUAUUCAUGUUUAGCAUGUUUAACUUAUGGAAUCAGACAUCAUAUUCCUAUUUAAAAUACUGGGUAAAAGUGAUUGUUUUUUUUUUCUCGUCUUACCCUGGUUUCUCCAUAGAUUUCUGAGGUCCUUUUGGUUAUCCGGGAAGAUACACAAUUUAAAGUUGAUAUUUUUUUAUCUGCACCGUGAGUUGAGAAGCAUGCAUGCACUGUCUUGCACCAAACUAUAUUCACAAAUGAAAGGUUUGCACAAUUUGGUCAGAGAGUUUGGGGAAAAGGAACGGUUAUUUUUAUAUCUUCGGACAAUAAUUAAAAAUCUAUUUCAAAAAGAAAAAUUGUCCUGGUCUGGACAAUAGUUUGUAAAACGUUUUGUCUAGACCAGCCUCAGGACAAUUUUUCUUCAGGUUCAAACGCAUAUAAAAAACAAAAUUCAAGAUAAUAAGAGAUCAACCUUGCUUUUCGUCAUUAAACUUUUACCUUUGUAAUUGAGGAACAUUAUAAUAAUGUAUGAAUUUACUAAAAUUACAGGUUUAAAAAUACUACACUGCCAAGUUAGCGACCA